UGGCAUGGUUUGUCAUUUUACAUGUGAUGAAGGACAUGAGCUGCAAGGUGCACACAGCAUGGAGUGUACACAUCCAGGCCAAUGGACCUCCAGAUCACCAACCUGCACAGCUGUUACAUGUUUGUUGCUUGAGCCUCCUAAAAACGGUCACAUCAAUUGUUCCAGCACUGAGUCAGUUUACAACUCUCAGUGCUCCUUCAGCUGUGACCAAGGCUACUCAUUAGAAGGACCUGAGCUGCUGACAUGUGGUCAACAUGGUAACUGGUCUGCAGAGAAACCCACCUGUCAAGCUCCUGCUCCAAUUACUGCAGUUACCGCUGGUGUGGCAACAGGGGGCACUGCCUUGUUAUCUGGUGUGUCUAUGGCUUUGUGGGUCUUGAAAAAACUGAAGAAGAAUGUAACCAAAUUCGACCUGAGCAGCAGCACUGAGUCUCCCUCACAGAGCUACAAAAACAGCAUUGACAGCCUAAUAUAGAAAUCUCUGAUAUUCUUAAUAAACAAAUAUGAAUACUGUAAAUUUUUACCACAUUAUUGCACAACAUAUUAUUUGCACUAGUAUAACACUCUAAUAAGGCAAAGCCAAUGUAAGAAAAAGAGCUUAUUUAGACACAUCCACUGAAUCAUUGUAUCCCUUUGUAAACUGUAAAAAGAUCUGUGAUUGCUCUGAAAUGUUGUUUCAACAUGUAUUUCCUCCCAGUGGGAGUUUUAUAUUGAACAUAUUGUUCUACAACUUCAUGAAAAUGCUGGGAAAAUGUGGCUAUUCCUGUUACUUAAAAGUUCACAUAACAUGUAAGCUGCCAUUUCACUGCAUACCUGUGAAUUCUUUUUAGUAUUUAUGUGAUAUUUAUUUUCUAAAAGAAAAUUGUGUUGAAUGUUUAUUCAGGUGUUUGCUUGUACAAAGCUAUAUUUUUAUUUUUAUUUACUGAGCUACUGUAACUGUAAUGUUCUCAUGUACACACAAAACAAAUAAAUAUUGUUU